GCAACUCCUUAACGGGCAAGGCGCGUCUUGAUUCUUGAUGAUCAUCAAUUUUCGCCAAGAUAAUCUUAUUUCCCCCCCCCAACCAACAGCUAUGUCUAAUGUGGAGUUCCUUCGAAUAUUGCAUCUGUGUGAUAAGGAAAUCGAUUGGCAAACUGAAAGUGGGUGGUUGCUAGAUAUUUACGAGGAUUGCAUUCCUAAUGACUCGGAAAAAGCUUUCACGAGCGUCAUUACGUUGCUUCGGAAACUGAAAGAUAAGGAAGUUAUAGGGAUUGAUCAUCUCGUUGUAUUGAUAGAUAUAGUAAAGAGGACAAAAUCUUCUUCGAAAUGGAAUCUUCUUCGAAUUUUGAGAGAAUUCGAAAAUAAGAGAAAGGACUAUAAAGAGUUACUGAAGCAGAUAAGCCGAGCACUCCAAGAGUCCAACGAGCUACAACGAUCCAUUUCAACCUGCGUAGAAAACAAUGUGAUACUUCGUAAAACCGGAAAACAAAUCAAAGAUUUCGAUGCAUUAUUCAAAAUGUUAGAAGACCGGCACAUAUUGGGAAUAGAGGACCUCACUAUCCUGAAGACUAUAGCAACCGAGGUGGAGAAACCAGAUUUGUGCAGACUGGUGGAGGAAUUCGAGAAGAAGAGAAAACAGGAAGAAGAUUCCGAAAGGCGGAACGACAACUUACGACGAGUAGGAGGUAAGGGAUAGCUUCCAACUGAAUUGCUUAGUUUCGAAAUAGUUUUUAAGUUCUUCGACCAACCUUGUCGAUCGAAUUUUAGAUUCAUGAGCGUUACGUUCAUUGCUACACCUCAGGUCUAGGUCCGUUCAACCGAUUGUCU